UGAAUUUUUACAAACAGUCGACGAAACCUCAGGCGCUUGAUCAUGGCUUACUACGAGUCGACAUACGCUUCCUGCUUCGGCGGCGUCGAACCAAGAGGGAAUGAGGAUCUUGAGACAUACGUGGACUCUAUCCUCCCCGGGACAUUCAGACCAAGUUUCGGGGAAGACCUGGACGCCAGGCGGUCUUUGGACCUGGACUUGGGAGCUGCAAGUCUAUGGCCUGACGACUCCCGCGACGAGCUGGAUGCUUGCUUGGACUUCAGCGGAAAGAAGGCAUCAGGUUUCACAUCUGCCAUGUCCUACCAUGGUCGUGAUUAUUCGAGUGUGUGUGAUGUUUUGGGAGAAGAAACAAAUGGCCUUGACCUGUCCGACGGCCCUCUGUUGCUGGAUUCCGACCAACUCCUUCAGGACUCGGGACACUCCUUGGGCGCCGCCUCGUCCCCCUCCAGCAGAAAGGGAUACCGGCACAGACACACGAGAAAAUACCUUCAGGACGAGCGCCUUCAGAAGGAACGGAACCGCGAACUCAACAACGAGGCGUCCGUGCUGUACCGAGAGAGGAAGCGGACGGCGACCUCCAAGAAGGAGAAGCAGCUGCAACACUUGCAACAGGAGAACGAUCAGCUUUGCAAGAAACUGGAACUGUUGACGGUGCAGAGUGACUGGUGCCACGACAUUUAUGAGAAAUACAGUGACUACUUUGCAGGACCUCUGGGCGAUGCUUUGGAUGAGCUGAGAUGAAUUGAAGUAGUAGUACUUUUAGUUGGUAUUUAUUUCGUAAAUGUUAGAAGAGGAAAUCAUUAUCAUAUUGUUAUGUAUUUCAUCAUCAUCAUUAAUAUUGUCAUUUUCAUUACUGUUAAAAAUAUAAAGCGUAUUUAUAUGAACCCUCAGUUCAGUAUCCUUUUAUACAAAACUAUG